CAGCCGAACUACUCUCUACAAUCAGUGUCGGGGAAAGCCAAGAGAGCAGCACCUUCCACCGUCUUUCACUCUACACACGCAAGAAGUCUAUGAGUCGCUACUUUGAAGAGUAAAAACCCACGAAGUUCUGGGAUGUCACUGGUUGGUCAGCAGAGCCAUGUUCUCCAAAGGCACCAAGCGCAAGUUUCCAGAUGGUGGAGAGGAGCUGCCCGAGGAGGGCCUUCCGAGCUCCAAUGAAGAGCUUGCCUCCGCGUCCUACAGCCUGCAGAGGCAGUCCCUGUUGGACAUGUCCCUCAUCAAGCUGCAGCUGUGCCACAUGCUGGUGGAGCCCAACCUGUGCCGCUCCGUCCUCAUCGCCAACACCGUGCGGCAGAUCCAGGAGGAGAUGACCCACGAUGGCAGCUGGCAGACAGCCGCCAUGAUGGAGGCCAUCGCUGCAGCCGGCAGCGGAUGUUCGGGUGUCGGCGGCCCACCGGAGCGCCUGGUGGCCACCGAGGUGCUCUGUCGGCCGGGGAGGGAGAUGACCGGGGGCUCCGAUGCUGAGCCCAAGCUGUUUUCGGUUAUGGGGUAUGAUGGGUGCCGUGAAGAAGAGGUAGUGGCGGUGGAGGAGGACUCGAUCUGCUCAGAGGCGGCCUCGAACGUGUGCCUGUCUGGCAGCAUGGGGCACUGUUGGGAGAGGGGAGUUCUGAGGGGUGAACGGGAGCUUGACUCGAGGCUGGGCGCUCCAGACGAGGAUGUGGAUGUGGAAGAGGAGGAUGAGGAGGAAGAAGAUAAUGACCUGGAGGGGUGCAGGGACGAAGGGGAGGCAAAAGCCACGAGGCAGGUCUUCGGGACGUUUGAGAUCAAGAACAGCCACCCGGGUCCCGAGUCCGCCCUGGAAGAGUUGUUUUCGGAUGUGGAUCCGUCCUACUACGACCUGGACACCGUGCUCACUGGCAUGCAGGCUGCUCCUAAGAUCGGCCCCUAUGACCUUUUGGACAGUCUCAGCCAGUCACACUCACCCUCAUCUUUAGGAUCAGCUGCAAACUGUCGGUCCGACCUCAACGAGCUAGACCACAUAAUGGAGAUCAUUGUGGGCUCCUAGGUCAAAGUACCUCAGAGACUCUUACUCCCCAUUUGCCUUUUUAUGUCUCCUAUGGUAGGCCAGUGGAAUGAGACACACAGUUAGGGAAAAGGACUUUCUACCCUGGUGUUAGUGUGACUUUUAUGAGCUGACCAUUGCAUACUUAAUGUAUGUUUUUAAAAGGAGUCUGUUUCCUUUCAUCCUUCUUUUGUGUCUGUCUUGUUUUAAUUUAUUCCUGUAAAAAUUACACUACAAGAAUGGAGAAUAGAACAAGAUAUAUACAAUUCUGUAAAGUUUUUGUCAUAUUUUCAUAAAAAAAGAAAUUGAUUGAAAUAUGUAUGUAAAUAUAUAUAUAUUUUUACAACAGAUACAUCUUGGGAACUGCUACUGUACAUUGUUUAUGAUAUUGCACAGUGUAAUGUGCCAUGGACUGAUGUCUUCCAAAUCCAAACGCUGAUGAAGCAUUGGCUGAUGCAGAGUUCAUUAAUGUUAACAUACAUUUAUCUCACAACCCUGUUUCUGUCCACUUUGGUGCUUGCAGCACCAUGUACAGUGUUGCUCAAUAUCACUUUGUCUGAGGUCACAGGAUUGCCUUAUCUCCUAUCUUGCCACAACUUUUUGUUUGCCGUUAGAAGUUAAAUGAUAUAUAUUUGACUAUAGAAAUGAAGAAUCAUGGCAACGAGCCUGUUUUAUAUGAAUUACUUUUAAUUUAUUUUAUUUAUUCACAUCAAAUAUGUCAGGUGAUUAUUGGUCAAGUUGAAUCCAACAGUUUCUCUUUGACUUUGGUGAACUUGCUGACUUUUUAGUGUGAAACAGCAUUUCUCAAAUUUCUAUGCAUCAAGUGUCCAUAUACACUUUCUAUGCAUCAAGUGUUCUACUACAAUUUUUCACACAGUAUUUAAAUGGUUUUUACGUCAGGUCAGAAAUGGCAUAAGUUAUUGUUUAUGAACGCAAAUGCAAACCCAGAGACAAAUGGUAUCUAUGUAAUAAUAGAGUAGACUAGAACCAUUUUAUAUGAAUAUCGUAGCGUUUUUUUUUUUUUUUUAUAACAUUUCUAAUAAAAGGUACAAAUGA